AGUGGUAUGCUAGCAGAGCCCAAAAAUGUAUCGCACUGAAAACCUAUUUUUCUGUCAGUUUGCUCUACUGGCUACACUGAUUUUUCUACUUUGUGGAAACGUCUCAACAAUCGCAGGAGUGGAUGAAUGUCAAGUGACUCCUGUAAUACACGUUCUGCGUUAUCCAGGCUGUUUUCCAAAACCAAUACCGAGUUUUGCAUGCACUGGUCGUUGUAGCAGCUACUUACAAGUGUCAGGUUCGAAAAUUUGGCAAAUGGAAAGAAGCUGCAUGUGCUGUCAGGAGAGCGGCGAGAGAGAAGCGAGCGUGUCGCUGUUCUGUCCGAAAGCAAAACCAGGCGAAAGAAAAUUCCGAAAGGUGGUGAUUACCAAGGCACCUCUUGAGUGCAUGUGCCGACCCUGUACCGGAGUCGAAGAGUCUGCUAUAGUCCCACAAGAGAUUGCUGGAUUUGCAGAAGAGGGUCCCUUAACAACGUCCGCUCAUUUUAGGCGCUCACCCGGUUUACAAUAAGAUAUCCGACCUUCCCGGAUCUGGACCCCGGACGACUAAUUGAUUAAUACUUACAAAAUAAUGUUUCAUGUAUCUUAACCGAGGCCACUUCUUGAUUGUUUGCUACCUAUCCAAGCGAUGGUUUAUAAUAAAUAUUGAUACCUAGAAAGCGAA